CCCUGCUCUGCCGUAGGACCCCGAGGAGCGGCCGAAGAUGAACCCGCAGCAGCAGCGCAUGGCCGCGAUAGGGACCGACAAGGAGCUGAGCGACCUGCUGGACUUCAGCGCGAUGUUUUCCCCACCUGUUAAUAGUGGGAAAACCAGACCAACCACGCUGGGAAGCAGUCAGUUCAGUGGAUCAGGUAUGGAUGAACGUGGAGGCACAACAUCUUGGGGAACAAGUGGUCAACCAAGCCCCUCCUAUGACUCAUCUAGAGGUUUUACAGACAGCCCUCAUUACAGUGAUCAUUUGAAUGACAGUCGAUUAGGAGCCCAUGAAGGCUUGUCCCCAACACCUUUCAUGAACUCAAAUCUGAUGGGAAAAACAUCAGAAAGAGGCUCAUUUUCCUUGUACAGCAGAGAUACCGGAUUACCAGGCUGUCAAUCCACUCUUCUGAGACAAGAUCUGGGGCUUGGGAGUCCAGCCCAACUCUCUUCAGGAAAACCAGGAACGCCGUACUACUCAUUCUCUUCCACCAGUUCCAGGAGAAGACCACUCCAUGACUCUGCAACACUUGAUCCGUUGCAAGCAAAGAAAGUAAGGAAGGUGCCUCCUGGUCUGCCUUCUUCUGUGUAUGCACCAUCUCCAAAUUCAGAUGAUUUCAACCGUGAAUCCCCUAGUUAUCCAUCUCCUAAGCCACCUACCAGUAUGUUUGCUAGCACUUUCUUUAUGCAAGAUGGGACCCACAAUUCUUCUGACCUUUGGAGUUCAUCAAAUGGGAUGAGCCAGCCUGGUUUUGGUGGAAUUCUGGGGUCCUCUGCUUCCCACAUGUCUCAGUCCAGUAGCUAUGGCAGCCUUCACUCCCAUGACCGCUUGAGUUACCCUCCUCACUCAGUCUCGCCAACAGACAUGAGCACAAGUCUUCCCCCAAUGUCCAGCUUCCACCGUGGUGGCACCAGCAGCUCCCCAUAUGUUGCCGCCUCCCACACUCCUCCUGUCAAUGGAUCAGACAGCAUUCUGGGAACCAGAGGGAAUGCUGCUGGAAGCUCUCAGACAGGUGACGCACUUGGAAAGGCGUUGGCCUCUAUUUAUUCUCCUGACCAUACAAGCAGCAGUUUUCCAUCAAACCCCUCAACACCGGUUGGAUCACCUUCACCUCUGACAGGUACCACUCAGUGGCCUAGACCUGGAGGGCAGGCUCCUUCAUCCCCAAGCUAUGAAAAUUCGCUCCACUCCUUGAAAAAUCGAGUUGAGCAGCAACUUCACGAGCAUUUGCAAGAUGCAAUGUCCUUCUUAAAGGAUGUCUGUGAGCAGUCUCGCAUGGAGGAUCGUCUGGACCGGCUGGAUGAUGCUAUCCACGUGUUGCGGAACCAUGCUGUGGGACCUUCCACCAGUUUACCUGCUGGUCACAGUGAUAUUCACAGUUUAUUGGGACCAUCCCAUAAUGCACCAAUUGGAAGCCUCAGUUCAAACUACGGAGGAUCAAGCCUAGUUACAAACAAUCGAUCAGCUUCCAUGGUUGGAGCUCAUCGAGAAGAUUCUGUCAGUCUCAAUGGCAAUCACUCAGUCCUGUCUAGUGCCGUCACCGCUUCAAGCACAGACUUGAACCAUAAAACACAAGAGAACUAUAGAGCUGCCUUGCACAGUCAGCCUGGAGCUGUCGUCCCAACAGAGAUCAAGACUGAAAGCAAAGAGAAAGACGAGAACCUUCAUGAACACCCUUCGUCAGACGACAUGAAGUCAGACGAUGAAUCCUCCCAGAAGGAUAUCAAGAUCUCAUCUAGAGGCAGAACAAGUAGUACUAAUGAAGAUGAAGAUCUGAAUCCAGAACAGAAAAUAGAAAGGGAGAAGGAAAGGCGAAUGGCUAACAAUGCCAGGGAACGCUUGCGUGUGCGGGAUAUUAAUGAGGCAUUCAAAGAGCUUGGCCGAAUGUGUCAGCUUCACUUGAAGAGUGAAAAGCCCCAGACAAAACUCCUUAUUCUUCAUCAGGCCGUGGCCGUGAUCCUUAGCUUAGAACAGCAGGUCAGAGAGAGGAACCUUAACCCCAAAGCAGCCUGCCUUAAGAGAAGGGAAGAAGAAAAAGUUUCUGCCGUAUCGGCAGAGCCACCAGCCACGCUGCCAGGAGCCCAUCCUGGGCUUAGUGAAACUACCAACCCUAUGGGUCAUAUGUAAGCAUCAGCCAGUUCCAGAGUUAUCAGUAGGCUAGAUAGAAGGUGACCUCUCCUCAUAAGGACUUGGACAACUCAGAUUAUCUGAAGACAAACCUGACAGGAGGGAGAAGAAAAAACAAAACACUUGAAGCAAGAAACUCAGAUGUACCUCUCUGAUCAGAGCAGUUGGUCAACACUUCCAUCAGAAGUGAAGAUAGGAAGCUUGGCAGAUAGAACGUCAGCCCGUGAGGCGUUUGCAGCCUAUCCUUUUGUUGCAAGCAGUGUGUCGCUUCUGCACAAUCAGAGACUGUCUUGAUCACUCCACUCACCGUGGAAGUUGCCUUGUGCCUAAACUGAAUUGACAAAUGCAUUGUAACUACAAAUUUUAUUUAUUUCUAUGGAGCUGUAAGGUCUACAUAUAAAGGGAAAAGGUUGAUGAGGAAAGCUGAGCUAUGUUCAGCUGAUGCCAGCAUUUGUUACCACUGUUCCCAUGCAGAAAACGGACAGUGACAACCAUUGGCCCGUAGCAUUCCCAGCACACCUGUGAGUGUCUUAAAAAGGAAGGGAAAAGUCUUGUGUGGCCCUCUCCUCUCCUUUCUGCCAUAUGAAUAGUGUGUUCCAUGAAAUAGGAAGAUAUUACUUGGUAUGGCAUUUUCUCACUUUCAUUUUUCAUUCAUGUUUCUUUUCUCUUUGCGGGUAUCUUAUUUGAUCUCUGAAUCUGAGUAGUUGUGGCCACAGUCCCGAAUCAUCCAUAGGCCCCUGUGCCUUGCACACGUACCCAUGUGGUGAGCAGAGGCCCUCUGUGACCAGAGCCUAGCUGGGAUUUUGAAAGGGAAGCUUUGCCCUAGGUUUUUACCCCAAAUAAACAUUGCUUUAUUCCUAACAAUAUCAAGACUUUCCAGGCUUCUAGGUUUCAUAGCAAAGCUUAUAAAACAAGAGGUAUAAAUUACAACAGAAAGAUUUACUUUUUAUACAUUGCUUUCUUUUCCAAGCAGUAAGUGCUACAUGAUAUAGUGCUUGUAAAGUGUUAGCUGUACAUAAGCACAGAUUUCAUUUAAAAUACAAAGAUGAUUUUUCAGGGUGUGCUUAUGGUGAAUGUAACAAGAUAAGUCACAAAGGCGCAGGCAGUGUGAUAAACAAGCACACUACUCUGAACUCACUGCCUGAUGGACCAGGACACUGGUCACCGGGUCACCUUCUCAUGGUCAGGGAAAAGGUGGUGGGCAAUUUCCCCAUCUGCACACCAUCAACCCUGCCCCAGGUUGAGCAGGGUUAGUAGUAAGCAGCACUUGCCACUUAAUCUUCACCCUGUGCAUUGGGCAUCUCUCUGAACCGUCAGAGUAAUUUUUAAGAAAUAAUAAUGACUUCGAACUUCCAUGAAAUCUGUCUUCCACCACAAACCUGGGACAGAAAUACAUGCUAAACAAGGUUGUCUUGGCUUAGUAAUUCUCAGAGCCAACAUCAGCAAGGGCAAUCAGCACACAGAAGAAAGACCCCAAAUCACUAUGUAACUUAAAGAUUUCUGUUAAUUUGAAAGAACAAAACCAAUUUAGGCAGAACUUCAGAUCCUCCAAUCAGGAUGAUUUCCUAACGAAUCAGCUGUUUGUGAACUUAGUGGACUUCUUGGUUACGUUAAUUUGCAUAUAUUCUCCAGUUACAUCAGACUCUAUCUGUGGCCUUGUUCUUCAUUUCAGUGUUAAUCUGCUAAAAAAAGUUGUUGCUUAUGAUGUGUGAGUGAACAUACAGUACUGCCUGGCCUUUUUCUUCAGAGCUUGUUGUCUUUUUCGCUAUAUUAGACUUUGCAGUAUGCCCAGAAGCUUUCCUUCAUAAAAUAGAAAGAAAAAACAUUUGGCUUAUUUUUCACUGUAGCUAGUCUUUUAUACAAUAAUCUUGUAAGAAAAUUUCUUGAAUUCUAAAUAUUACUCUUUCUAGAUUUUUGAAAUCAAAAGUUUUCAGUAAAAAGUUUCUUACUUUAUUUUAUUAUAUUAGGUAGUAAAAAUGUAGGGUUAUUACCAUAACCUGUUCAUUAAUAUCAGAAAUUUACAAUAGCCUUUUAAGAUCAUAGUAGGAGUCUAGCACACUGUGUAGUACCUAUGGAGUAUUAUAAGAGCUAACGUGCGAGAUGAAUUGCUUCUCAUCUUGUUCUCCAGUUUCCAUUGUUGGUCUAUUACAGAUUUGUAUCCUGUGUCAAAUGCAAGGUAUUAUUGAUAAACUUUUCAUCCAGCAGCAAGAAGUUCAAAUUUUUUUCUGUCGCUGUAACAGAAAACACAAUAUGUAUAUAACAUUUAUGUAGCAAUAAAUGUGCCAUCUUUCUUUUUUUAA